AUGUACGAUGCUGAUGAUGUUGCUGCAGCCACGAGCAGUCGAUCGUGUCCCAUGUUGGUCAUGGGUUUGGUUGAGGCACUCCUGCAUGAUCCCGCAGUUGACACCGUGCUGGGCUAUAGGUGCAGGGGCAUUGAGGUACACGAUUAA